AUGCAUCUAUACAAUGUUUUCACAUUCCCCAUCGUCCGCGACGGUCUUAUCGCCAAUACGAUUCUGGUUACCGUUGCUACAAUAUUAGUGGCAUUACGAUUUGUGUCGCGCCACAUUCGCAAAAGCAAAAUAUGGUGGGAUGAUGUGUUCUGCGUCGCUGCUCUGCUUCAUACAUAUGGAAUGCUUGCAAUGCAUUAUCGCUAUGCUCGCCUUGGCAUGCGCCACCAUAUUAAGCAGAUUCCACCGGAGAAUACAGUGGUGAUGCUGAAGAUGCUCAUCAUAUACCAACUUGUGUAUUACAACGCCAUGGUCCUGGCCAAAUUCUCCUACCUUUUCCUCUAUCUGCGCAUCUUUGUCACCCCGGAGUUUCGAAUAUUGACGUGGGUCUGCAUGGGCGCCGCUGUUGCAUACUGGACUGGAAGUUUGCUCCAGAUCUUCCUCCUAUGUACACCCUUUCAGAGAAACUGGAAUCCAACGCUACCCGGUCAUUGUGGAAACCAGAAUGUUGCUUUCACAACAAUUGGCGUAUUCAAUCUUCUCACAGACUUAAUGAUCAUGGUACUGCCCGUCCGGUUCAUCUGGAAAUUACAGAUGUCUAUCGCGACUAAGAUGGCACUGUGCAGCAUCUUCGGGCUGGGAAUAUUCAUUUCCUCCAUCACAAUCAUCCGUAUCAAAGUCCUCACAGCAGUCGAUUUCCUCGACCUCCCAUACUCUAUGAUUUGGGCUGCCUUCUGGAGCGUUACCGAGCCGGCGCUUGCCAUUGCAAAUGCAUGCGCACCUAUGCUUCGGCCGAUCCUCAAGGCUAUCUUUCCAUCUUUGUUCAAUACUGCCAAUGCUGAAUACACCACUCAGCCAGUGAGUGGUCCUAUUCUAAGCAAGAGUAAUACGACGAAACGGAUGGACGAGAUGGACAGUGAAUUUCCACUCACGCGAUUAGAAGAAUCGAGAUCCAGGGACGAUGACUCGUUGAACUAUCAUUCACAGGAUGAUCGUUCGCAUGUUCAUCAUACUCCCAGGAGUGUUGUUGGUCCCAAGGGACAAGGGUUGUAUACUACUUAG